GAGACUUGCAGCAGAACGUAGGAUAGCCUUUGAAGUUUGCGGGCGUAUAUAACAUAAACAUUAUAACAUAACCCAGUAUGUACAGGCUCUUGAGUUAUUCGCUGUCGUAGCAUAAAGUAGCGAAUUGUUUGUUGUUUUUAUUGAAUAAAAGCAACUCUGUGCAAUAAAUUGGUAUUGACCGAAAGUUUCUUCGUGGUACGUUUGCUUUGUAUACUAGGAAAUUGGUUAUAAACACUGUAACAGUCGCUCGAGCAUCGUCGAACAAUUAUUAUAAACAAUGGAUUCCGGCAGUGAAAGUGCAACCACUCCAAAAAGCAAUGCCAUAGCCAAUUCAGUAAACAGUAACAAUACAAAUUCAGUGCCUGCACAGUCAUUUACAAAUCAAACGCCGAAAUCUCAAACGCUCAAAAGCGAUCCUGCAGAACAUUCACAGUUUAUAACAAAAAAACGAUUGCAAAACUUGGUCAAAGAGGUAGACCCAUCCGAACAGUUGGACGAGGAAGUAGAAGAAAUGCUAUUACAGUUGGCUGACGACUUUGUUGAGACAACAAUUAGUGCUGCUUGUUUAUUAGCUAAACAUCGUCAUGCUAACACAGUUGAGGUCAAAGAUGUUCAAUUGCACUUAGAGAAAAACUGGAACAUGUGGAUACCUGGUUUUGGUACAGAUGAAAUCAGGCCGUACAAACGAUCAACAGUAACAGAAUCUCAUAAACAGAGAUUAGCACUGAUACGCAAAUGUGUAAAAAAAUACUAAAAGUAUCCGUAGGUUAAUAGUAUUGAUAGAUUUUUACAGUUUUAAGAUAACAAAAAUAAAAUAAAGUACAGAGGACUAAUCUUAGGGUUAAUAAAGUACUAAGAUUAUUUUAAAAAUCAACUAAUGGAGUAUAA